GAGAUUAGGAAGAGAGUCAGUACGUGGCCUUAUCAUCUUGGACCACAGAGCCAGGAGCUUCGCUUCAUUGAAAUGGAACUCGAGGCGAUGACCAGAUACACCAGCCCGGUGAAUCCGGCUGUGUUCCCCCACCUCACAGUGGUCCUGCUGGCUAUCGGCAUGUUCUUCACCGCCUGGUUCUUCGUCUAUGAGGUGACUUCAACCAAAUACACAAGGGACAUCUACAAGGAGUUGCUCAUCUCCCUGGUGGCUUCACUUUUCAUGGGCUUCGGUGUGCUCUUCUUACUACUCUGGGUUGGCAUCUACGUAUAACGGUGGCCGACACAAAAGAUGACACAUUCCAGUGGGACGGAUAACAACAUUGACACAGGCACUGGAUUUUGAGUUUGAUUGGACUGCACUGACAAUAACAUGGAUUGUUUUCAAAUAAAAGGGGGCUUUGUACAACUUCCGCCAUUUCCAUUCGUUCGAGGGUGGUAGAUGCAACAUUGGCCUAGCUUCAUUAGCAAAUACAGUGGUGAAAAGGUGUUUGUCCCCUUCCUGAUUUAUUUUUUUGCAUGUUUGUCACAAAUAUGUUCCAUCAAACAAAUAUUAGUCAAAGACAACACAAGUAAACACAAAAUGCAGUUUUAUUUUAUUAUUAUUAUUAAGGGAUGGGGGGGAAUCCAAACCUACAUGGCCCUGUGUGAAAAACUGAUUCCCCCCUGUUAAAACAAACUGGUUUAUCAUACCUGAGUUCAAUUUCUCGAGCAACACCCAGGCCUGAUACUGUCACACUUGUUAAUCAAGAAAUAAGUUAAAUAGGACUUGCCUAACAAAGUGAUGUAGACCAAAGGAUCCUCAAAAUCUAGACUUAAUGCCAAGCUCUAAAGAAAUUCAGGAAGAAAAUUAGAAAUAAAAUAAUUGAGCUCUAUCAGACUGGAAAAGGUUAUAAAGCCAUUCAUAAAGUUUUAGCGAACCACAGUGAGCAAUUAUCCACAAAUGUGAAAACACAUAGAACAGUGGUGAACCUUACCAGGAGUGGCCUGCUGACCAAAAUUACCUCUAAGCCGCAGCGGCUACUCAUCAAAGAGGUCACAAAGGAUCCCACAACAACAUCCAAAGAACUGCAGGCCUCACUUGCCUCAGUUAAGGUCAGUGUUCAUGACUCCACCAUCAGAAAGCGACUGGGCAAAAAUGGCUGCAUGACAGAGUUCCAAGACGAAAACCACUGCUGAGCAAGAAGAACAUUAACGCUUGUCUCAAUUUUGCCAGAAGACAUCUUGAUGAUUCCCAAGACUUUUGGGGAAAUUCUGUGUUUUGAGAUGAGACAAAAGUUGAACUUUUUGGAAGGUGUGUGUCCAAUUACAUGUAAAAGUAACACCGCAUUUCACAAAAAGAACAUCAUACCAACAGUAACAUAUGGUGGUGGUAGUGUGAUGGUCUGGAGCUGUUUUCUACUUCAGGACCUGGAAGACUUGCUGUGAUAAAUGGAACUAUGAAUUCUGCUGUCCACCAAAAAAUCGUGAUGGAGACUGUCCGGCCAUCUGUUCGUGACCUCAAGCUGAAACGAAGUUGGGUUCUGCAGCAGGACAAUCCAAAACGCACCAGCAAAUCCACCUCUGAAUGGCUGAAGAAAAACAAAAUGAAGACUUUGGAGUGGCCUAGAUAAAGUACUGACCUGAAUCCUAUUAAGAUGCUGUGGCAUGACCUUAAAAAGACGGUUCAUGCUCGAAAAUCUUCCAAUGUGACUGAAUUACAACCAUUCUGCAAAGCUGAGUGGGUCAAAAUUCCUCCACAGUGGUAUAAGAGACUCAUUGCAAGUUAUCGUAAAUGCUUAAUUGCAGUUGUUGCUGUUAAGGGUGGUCUAACUAGUUAAUAGGUUCAGGGGGCAAUCACUUUUUCACACAGUGUCAUGUAGGUUUGGAUUCCCCCCCUUAAUAACAAAAACCUUGAUUUAAAAACUGCAUUUUGAGUUGUGUUGUCUUUGACUAAUAUUUAAAUUUGUUUGAUGAUGGGAAACAUUUAAGUGUGGCGAACAAAAUAAGAAAUCAGGAAGGGGGAAAACACUUUUUCACACCACUGCAAGAACCAGCCAUUAAGGUACACAAUAGCAACUUGACCUGCAGCGAAAAGGUUAUAUGUGACACUCAGACAACUAUUUAUGGCUUGUUGCACUUAUGUUACCUAAAUCCUGAUUAAUCUUUGUGUUAAAAAUAGAGCAGUCUGUUUCACCUUGUCUCCAGGAUAAUAUGCAGGGAUAGAUUACACCAGGAUUAGAGAAGGAUUAUUUAAUUUAUAAUAAAAAAUACAUUAAAAAAAAAAAAAACAACCGGAACACAACCCACAAUAUCUACACUGACAGCUGAGUGGAUUCACUCUAAAAUCAUCACUGGCAUCAUGUAAAAAUACUCAAGACUUGCAUUCCAUAGGGCCUAAUGAGCCACCAGGCUUUUUCAUAGGUAUGGAAGUGAUGGAUGGUCAGUAAAGAGUAGAUAAGACUGCAUCUUAACAUUAUUUUGCUAUGCAGUUUCCUACUCAAGAGUUGAGUACAAAGGCCACGUACAGUAGAUUACCAGGCUCAAUCCUGAUUAAUACAAUCUGCCACCCUUGUCUUACCUGCCAGUGGAAAGAUUUAAACCAACAGCCCGCUUGGGUAUAGUAAACAAACACAGGCGUGCCUUCUUUUGUAAGUGGGGCUUGUGUUGUGAUCACCUUGUUGUUCUUCAGUCUUUGAGCAAGACUCCAGACCAACAUUUACUCCCGAUGCUCUGUCUAUGAGGCAACAAUAGUGUCAAAGCGCUUUGUGAGUCUUGAAGCUGCUACAUAUGUAUUCACUAACAGCAGGAGCACAUUUCUUGCUUAUUAGCAAAUAAAAUCCACUGCUCCAGUG